AAUCCGUGGAAGAGAGGGAAAAUUCAUCGUAACGAUCGCAUUUUCAUUCCCCAACAAGAAGAAGAUGAAGAGAACAAUCAAAAUCCAUUGUAAUCCACAUCGCAGGCUGUCACCAAUUACAGCGAAGAGUUCCCAAAAUUUAGGGGGAAGUUCAGAAAGAUGACGACGAUCUUAAUCUACACGGCAAUGGCUACAAACCCAUUUCUUCAUUUGGUCAUGGCCUGGUUAAAUUUAGUUAAAUCAAACCAAUGGCGGAGAAUCGCCAUUUUUCAAAUGUCUGUUAUGUUUGUUAUCAUCUCCAUACCCUUACCUUACCUUCAUGACUCUCCUCCAUCCUCCUCACUGCUCUCUUCAAUCGGAAAAUCUAAUCUUGGCCUAAUUUCAAGCGGCUCUGGCACCUUCAUCCUGAACCUCCUUGCAAAAAAUGUCUCCCUCCUCUUAUCCACUAGAAGAUGGGAUUCCCUUGAACACCACGGCGGUCGCCAUUGAUAAGGAUAAAAAUAGCCAUCACGCCGUACGAUGGGCUAUUGAUCAUUUGGUCAUUAGCAAUCCACUUAUCAUUCUCAUUCAUGUUAGGCAUAAAGCUAAUCGUAGAGGGUGCGAGCGAUUCUGAAAAUGGCGAAACUGAUGCCCAGCAGCUAUUUGUUCCUUACCGUGGAUAUUGUGCUCGUAAAGGGGUUCAGCUGAAGGAGGUUGUUCUUGACGAUCCUGAUAUUUCCAAAGCGCUUGUUGACUACGUUCAUAAGAAUUGCAUCAACAGUUUUGUAGUUGGAGCUUCAACAAGAAGUGCUUUAGCAAGGAAAUUUAAAGCCCCCGAUGUGCCAACCAGCAUAAUAAAAACUGCCCCAGAAUUUUGUUCUGUUUAUGUAAUAUCAAAAGCGAAGAUAAUAUCUGCCAGGGCAGCUCUUCGGCCAGUGGCUAAUACCGCCAUGCCACCAAGACAACCAUCGCCGCUUGGAGUUCAGUCAAAUGGUCAACCAGACAGCAGCAGCGAACCAGAAAAUGGAGCCAAAAUGCAAGUAGCAAAGGAAGGAUGGAAAAGUGCUGGUACAGAGAGAAUGCUCGCUGAAAGGAAUGGAGGUGGAAAACCAGCAAAAGCAUUGACCCGCGAGAGGCCAAAAACUUCUCCGACUAAUAUAUCAUUGGAAAACAUAGAGGUUCCAAAUCGAGGGUCUAGGUCUUCAUUUAGUCGUGAUUCGAUAUCUGAUGACAAUAUGAUGACUGCACAAAUGGCUUUUGGUUCAAUGGAUGCGACUGCUCAAAGUUUAGAUUUCAGUGCUAGCUCAAAUUUGUCAAUGGACUCUGCUUCACAAUCUACUCGGGAACUAGAGGCUGAGAUGAAAAGAUUGAAGUUGGAAUUAAAGCAAACCAUGGAUAUGUAUAGCUCAGCCUGCAAAGAGGCAAUCUCAGCCAAGAACAAGGCAAGAGAACUAAGUCAGUGGAAGCAGGAUGAGGCACGUAAGUUUGAGGAAGUCAGGCUAGCCGAAGAGGCUGCUCUUGCUAUUGCCGAGAUGGAGAAAGCCAAGUGCAAAGCUGCCAUUGAAGCAGCAGAGGCAGCACAAAAGCUAGCCGAAAGAGAAGCCCAGAGAAGAAAACAGGCAGAAAUGAAGGCCAGACGAGAGGCAGAAGAGAAAAAACGAGCAUUGAAUGCUCUAGCUCAGAACGACGUCCGAUAUAGAAAAUACACUAUAGAGGAGAUUGAGGAAUCUACUGAAAAGUUCUCUGAAAAAUUGAAGAUAGGAGAAGGUGGAUACGGUCCCGUUUAUGGUGGCAAACUUGAUCAUACGGCUGUUGCGAUUAAAGUUUUAAGACCUGACGCUGCUCAAGGACGGAAGCAAUUCCAACAAGAGGUGGAGGUUCUCUGUUGUAUUAGACAUCCAAACAUGGUACUUCUUCUUGGAGCAUGCCCUGAGUAUGGUUGCUUGGUAUAUGAGUACAUGCAUAAUGGAAGCUUAGAAGACAGACUUUUCCGGAGAGGGAAUAGCCCUCCGUUAUCCUGGAGACGACGAUUCAAAAUAGCUGCUGAAAUUGCAACCGCACUCCUCUUUCUUCACCAAGCAAAGCCAGAGCCGCUUGUGCACAGAGACCUUAAACCAGCUAACAUUCUCCUGGACCGCAAUUUUGUGAGCAAAAUUAGUGAUGUUGGCCUGGCCCGGUUAGUCCCACCUUCUGUAGCUGAUCAAGUCACACAGUAUCAUCUGACUUCAGCAGCUGGCACAUUUUGUUACAUUGAUCCUGAGUACCAACAAACAGGGAAGUUGACGACAAAAUCAGAUAUUUACUCGUUUGGAAUAAUGUUGCUUCAAAUUAUUACUGCCAAGCCUCCAAUGGGUCUGGCUCACCAUGUGCAAAGGGCUAUUGAGAAAGAUAGGUUUGAUGAGAUGCUUGAUCCUACAAUUUCAGAUUGUCCAUUGGAGGAGGCCACAAAUUUUGCAAAGUUGGCAUUGAAGUGUGCUGAAUUGAGGAAGAGAGACAGGCCUGAUCUUGGAACGGUUAUAGUUCCAGAGCUCAAUAGGUUAAGAGAUAUUGGGAGGAGUUCUGACAAACGUGAAAGCCGGAAUCACUAUUCACGCUCUUCUGCAUCUGCAUCAAGUUCCAGUUCGAAGCCGCAGUCAUCAAAUGAGGAUACCAGAGUUAUUUAUACCGACGAAGGAAGUUAGAGACCUGUGUAUGACAAUUGUGACGGUAUACAAAGGACCGGCGAACCCAUAAGAGGAAAGUUGCUUGAUUUAAUGACUGCUUACAGAAGGACUGUGGUAAUAGAACAUGAAGGUAAUGGAGUUCUUCAUUUGAACGUGGAAAAGGCUGAAGGAUCAAUAAUGUGAAAUAAAGAAAUUGUCUCUUCAAGAUCUUGCCAAUACUAGGAAGAUGUACGAUCCUUCAUACAUGUAUAUCUGAAGAUUUUGAUUGAUCUUUGCUACCAGGGAGGGAGUUCAUAGCUGUUCUUAUCAACAGCCAAGACUCAUUACCUCGGGAGUAAGGCAACUAACUCCAUAAGUUAUAUUGGAUUACAUGAUUCCAAAAAGGAAAAAAAAACCAUUGUAAAUUCAGAACAGCUUUUCUUUAUUCUCAAGUCAUGCAGAUCGAAAUAGUCUCUUUGCUUGUAUUCAUCGCAUGUUGUCGUGGUAUUAUCAGCUGGAAUGUAACACAAAUUUAUAGCUUAUACUAAAUCAAUGACUCCUUUGAAAUUUAAUGCAUCUGCUACAGUUCACUCAAUA